AUGGGCGGCAAGAAAAAGCACAAGCAGCCCAUCCGGCCACCGCCGAAAUCCGUUUGGGUCGUCAAACGCCGAAACUGGCUCGAAAUCCCCGACGACGUCACGGCGGCGAUCCUGACACGUGUCGGCGCGAUCGGGCUUCUGGAGAGUGCUCAGAUGGUGUGCACGAAAUGGCACAAAAUCUGCAAGGACCCUCUCAUGUGGCGCAGAAUCGAUAUGCGAAACGACGGCAGGCACCACGAGAUGGACGAGCUGGCGAGCAUGUGCCGCCACGCCGUUGAUCGAAGCGCCGGCGAGUUGGUCGACAUCACCGUCGAGCAUUUCGGCACCGAUGACCUCCUCAAGUACAUCACAGACAGUUCGAGUAGCAUCAGGCACCUCCGACUACUGUCUUGUGAGUAUGAUAUAACAACUCAGGGAUUGGUGAAAGUGGCUUCCAAACUUCCCCUGUUGGAGGAGCUUGAGAUUACAUUGUGCUUUAAUAUCUCGCAUGAAGCUGUAAAUGUGGUUGGUCGCUCUUGCCCCCUUUUGAAAUCAUUCAAGUUGAACAAAGAGUGGUGUACAAUUGCAGAGAUGGAGGAUUGGUAUGAUGAUGAUACACCAUCACAAGUUGAAGAUGAUCUAGAUGCGCUGGCUAUAGCAAGAUCAAUGCGUGGUUUACACCACCUCCAGCUUUACGGGAAUAAGCUUACGGAUGAUGGCUUGAGAAAAAUUCUUGAUUGUUGUGCUCAUCUUGAGUCACUUGAUCUGCGCCUUUGUUUCAGUCUUAAUAUGGGUGGAGAUUUGGGAGUUCGACUUGAAAAAAUCAAAGAAUUGUGGCUUCCUCAUGAUUCCACCAAGGGAAAAGGAACUCCCGGACAAUGUUACCUUGUCAAUACUGUCACGGCUUGGAACAAUUGA